AUGGAUGCCACAUUCAUUUGGAAGCUCAGCAAGCUCGGUCGCAUUGGAUCCAGCAGGUUGCGCUUUGAUGAUGAUUUUGCUGAUCGGCUUAACUACCAGUUCAGCGGUGUCUUAAUGUUCCUCUUCAUUGGAGUCAUUGGCAUUCGACAAUAUGUCGGUUAGUCCACUCUACUUGUUAAAUUUGCAGUUUCUAGCACUUAAUAUCCGGCUCCAACCGUUGAUUCUUCUUUAUACUCUUGUCUGACGCUAACCAAACAUCCAGCCAACAAAGGCAGCUCGCCACGUUCGCAAUUUUCUGCUUAAUAAUCAAAAUUAGGCAGAGAUAGCACGCCCUAAGGUGCCGGAGGUUCUGAGGGCUUGAUCAAAGUCAACAGUUUUUCUAGCAAGGUCCUCAGCACUGCAUUGCCAACUAACAGUUUAUUCAGAGGUUCUUUGGCAGAUUUCAAAUAAUGCACGUUGGCCCAACUAUUGAAAACUUAGUGUCUCGGUGGACUUCGAAUCCAGGACAACAAAGGACAGCUUUAGUACAGCCAACGCUCUACCCCUCUGAGCUACGAACCGGUUAUCGACUAAGAUUUGUAAAAGUCGGUUAUAUUGUAGUAGCAUGCACCACUCUAUACAGAGUGACGGCCACUAAAUCCAGCAAAUGCGAUGAUGAAGUUUAAAUUAUGAAAAAACCACUUGAUAAUGUAAACAUGGAAUCCAUUUCUGUUAGUUUACUCAAGUAAGUUAGGGCCAUAGACAUUACCUGCCGUAAAAGUUACCGACUUGUUCAAGCAUAAGAUAAUGAAAGAGUGAAAAGUGGAGUCUUAUUCUCGUUGCGUUUCGAAAUAACAACGAUGAACGAUCGAGGCACAUUAAGCUAGCUUGAACGCAAUCAAAUGUUCAGUACAUAGUUUGCGCAGAAACUUGUGUUGGCCAAUGAACAAUUAAAUUCAGAUAAAAAACAAACCCGCCUAACCUUAUUAAUCAAAGAAUGAGUUUUAAAAAAAUAGAAAUAUUUCCCGGUUGUGAAUAUAUUUCACGGUAAAGAAAGCCACAUCCUAAGAAUAUUUGCAUCUGAUGUAACAGGUGUUUCGCUUACUUUACUAAAAGAAUUUGAAAAGACAUAUAGAAAUGUUUUCAAACUCCCAAUUAGGUCACAUUAUUGAACAUUAGAUUUUUCUCCGUUAAAUUAUAUUUUAUCCUUUCGCAUGAGAAUAGCUUUCUGGGUGAAACGCUGCGCAAACCAAUACGAAAAGUAAUAAUGACAGGCUGCAAUAGCCCAGAAACUUGAAAAAAUCGGUUCUGACAUGAAACUGGGUGGAAAAUCAGUAACUCGCAUAUUAUACACGUCAAUAUGAAUGGGCUUAUCUGUCCAUAGGAUGGUUGUGUUUGAAAAUAUUUCUAGUGAUGUGAAAGAGUCGAUUAAAUGCAGGAGGACAUAUUUGUUGUUCAUUGUUAUGAUAAACAAGUAACGGAUGUAAUGUUGCCAGUAACUUUUGAUAAAUCCCAUUGUGCUUUGGGUAUAGCAUGCCAAAAUUGUAAUAACCGGUCAACCAACGUUUGACAAAAGAGAUGAAUAUAUUUUACGUUCUCUUAUAUAAUUUAUCGAAUGAUUUGUAACUGAUCUGAUUGAGCAUUCGCUGACUCUUAUUUCCUUUGUGUUAGAAUUUGUAUGCGCGACAAGUAAUUUAGUUUAAGCUUAACUAUGCAGACGACCUCUAUUUGGUCCUCGAUUUGUCUAUUUAUUAGCUAUUAAGGGCUUAAGAACUGCAUCCCUGUGUAAGUAGUAACGUUUGCACUACAGAAUAUAGUUUGGUGACAAAGAGUUUAAAGGGAAUCAUUCGUUACGCCUUUCCACUUAGUUAAUGGCGGGAUGGCGUGAGAUUUUAAUUACAUUUACGCGCCAUUACAACUGUGUAAUCGAUGUGGGGUUUAUCGUAUGCUCUGGUGUAACUGUUUAAGGCUAGUAAAAGAAAACCAACUUCAGCCGCAGACCUAAAUUGGGCCUUGGGUUUAAAUAAGUUGGUCGUCGCUUUUGCGGCUAGACUGUUUUGAAAAUUAUGGGUUGUCACGCAAUCGAAGAUGUAAAUUUACUUCAUUUAUUCGAGGUUCACACCAUAAUAAGACCUACGUUCUUCGUUGAUCGGAAUGCAUAAGCGCAAAAGCGUUUGCGAGGGCAUUCAUGCAAUUUUUUCAGAGUUGCGUUAUUCGGCUCAUAUAUCAUCUUGGCCCCCAACAAGGUCAGCAAAAGUACUGGUGGUUCAUCAUGCAAGGCAUUUUGUCACGCAUGACUCGAGCCAUGACUUAUUGUUACUAAGUCUUCGAAGAAGAAUCCCAAAACGAGCUACAUUAAUAAUACUUUCGUAGAAAUUAUUGCUUGACUAACGCGAGUUUUACUUUUUAAAUGCCCGCGUACGCUAGAUCAAAGCCUCAAGGCAGAGAGCGUUUCCUACAAUCAAUUUAUAAAAAGGUGCACAGUAGAAAAAUGUGGGCUUUGGUAUUAACAGGGUUCGUUCGUUGGCGCAAAGUAAACCAGCAUUUUUAUUUUCACGAACAGUUACUUGUUUUUGUGCUGUGUGCACGCCCCUUGAAAAAAAAAUAUCUCUUUAUGCUACAAUGAACGAGUUCCCUAAUGGGUAUAUAAUCAUUUAGUGUAAAUAGGUUAUGGUAAUACUUUUAAGUGGUUUGGACAAUUAAAGAUGUAAAGCUUUAUAAAAUUAAAGGCCAGAUCUUAAAGGCCUCUGGAGAGUGCAGGCUUUAUGUUAAAAAUCGCAACCUCUUCGAUACAAGUGUGUUUUUAGGCAUUUUAGAAGGUCAAGUCGAAUGUGCUUGAGGCAUCGAGAACAAGUUUAAGAGUUACGAGUAAAAUAGCAAUUUGCUUGCUGGUAUGCUUCACGCAGGCGGACAGAGGUGCUCAACCAAAGAACAGUAUCGUCACCUGUAUGAAUUUUGUUAAGAUUACCUCUACUGCUCAGUAUUCCAGAUACGCUGACGUAACGGUUUCUCUAAAAAUCAAACUUCGAAAGUUAGGGAUUACCCACGGGGUUUUAGUCGCACGUCAUGCAUCUCAGUUGAGUUUUUGGAUGUGAAAGUAUUUUAUUCAUAUUUGAAUGAGGCAAGCAUUUCUGCGUAAUAUCUGGCUUGAUGCACCUGUAUUUCGCUGUGCGUGUAUGACAUGAUUUUUGACCUUAACGAGUGAAUAGUGUUUAACUCGAUACCUUUAUUUACAUAACAAGGAGUGCUCUUAAACUGUAUUGGAUUUCAAUAAGUCUGACUAUUUGAGUACUAGUGAGUUUCAAUAACUUAAGCGAAAUAAAACUCUGUUGAAUCGGUCAUUAUUUUCUGAGCGUCGAUUUGCACAAACGGCUUUCUUACCAGUUUGAAAGAAAGAAUGCUGCCAACCAGGAGAGGUAGCACAAAAGACUCGUCUGUUUUGGCAUUGCUUACAAUGGCUAUGAGCUCCUCGUACAGAUAGCAGGGAUGCGAAGUGCAAACAAUGCAUCAAGCUGAAAUUAAAAAUAUGCUGGUCGCAAGAUAUGACCCUGAAGAGACUGUAUAUUUAAAAAAAGUUACCUAUAGAAUAUUUGCCGCCUGAAUUGUUCGUCACAGCAAUUAACAGUCAGAAGUUUUACAGACUUUUCAAACAAAAAUCUGACUUUUAAUACAUAUCGGUCUUAGUGAAUACUCUGUAAAUGGUAUUUUGCAAUUAACCAUUAGCAAAUAUAUAACUUGCGUUAAUAUGUUCUCAAAAUAAAUGAAAACUCAGAGUUGAAUGAUUCCAAAAUUGUUCAAAAACGAAUAUGCAUGUCAGUUUACGUAUAAAAUUUGACAUAAACUUUUUUUAAAAUAAUUCACAGGCUUUUCACUAGGUUGAUUCCAAAGCCAAGUAAGCGUGACCUUAUACUCAUUAUUAUUUCGCACCGUGAAUCAAGGGAAAAUAAAGCGGUGUAAAUUGCAUCAUAGAAAGAUGCUCACUUGUAUUAGGUUUUGCAUCUACAAGGCUAAUUAUUCCCAAAAUUCAGGAAGAAUAGAAUAGGCAAGUGAAAAUUUGUAGCAACCCGGUAAGUUUUACGAUCACCCAAAUGUUAACUUAAGCAAAGAAAAAGUUUCUGUAGGUAAAGCAUCGCUGUGGCGAAUAAGUCACAAGAACCUGAUUUACGGAAGACGCAUGUUAAGUGGUAGUUCAAACAACUAAUCGAAAAUUAGAUAAGUCUAUAAAAAAUCGUUUUUGCGAUCCGCAACCAUAAAAUGUAAACAUGAAGAGAUGCCAUUUGACUUAUAAGCCGGACAGUUCAAAUGAUUACCGACACACCUAGAAAAAAAAUAAAAAUUCAUAGAAUGUUUUAACGCCUUGCAGUAACUGGUUUAUUUUCAAUAUUGUAAACUGAUAUGCAACUCUUUACCUUUCAAAAUCAUAUCUGUCCUGCAAAAACCCCAAAUGAGUUAUUGGGAUUCCAUUAAAAGAUAGUUCAAAGCUCAAAGCUGGUUUGAAGUUUUUUUGUUUAGAUUCAAUUAUGCUACUUUAGCUCGCAUCUUUUAUGCGCAGAUAUGAAGUGAUUUUUAGGUCAUAGAGGAUAAUACUCAAUCUAUUAUUAGUUUUCAUAGGGAACUGUAUGAAAUGGAGGUGAUGAUGCCUUAUAUCACCCUUUGCGUAAUGUUUGUAACGUCAUAUUUAGGGUAAAAAUAUUGUUUUGUAAAAAUUACAGCAAAUAACUACAUCACUGAGAUGCAACAGACGAGAUUAUGUGUAAAUCUCAGGAAAUGGAAGCUUUAUUUUGCAAUGUGCUCAAACUUUUGUCAGCGGCCAAUAAAAUGAUUUAUAUUUUCGGCACUUCGUCAAGAAGCUUAUUAGGUUAUCUUCUUUAUAUGAUGUUCUUUGCUUAACAUAUUAUUCGAGUGCAAGAAGUACUCUCUCGGAUAUUGCAGGACAAGAUAAUAUAGUAUGGUAUAAACAAUUGGCCUGUGCUACUUAUCAAGCCUACCUAUGCUCAAAAAGCUUUUGCGUUUAUAUUAUAUAUUAGUUCAGGAAGAAAUUGCCAGGUAAAACGAACGAAAUGCAAAUUUUUAAAACAGUUCUGAUCGUGUGUGCAACAUAAUUUUGUGGGCUAUGACCCAUUAACUUAAGCUUUUAUUGUAGCUGAUGAUUUACCGUAGACACACAUUUGACGUUCAUUUUUUGCCUACAUCUCAGGAUGCAUCGAUCCACGUAAAUAUCCAUGUUUUCCUUACUUUACUGCCGACCAGCCUAAUCCCUUUGCGAUCAGCACAAAUGGUUUUUGGACUGCCAAAGCGGGCAGUCGCAUUCCUGUUGCGAUAAGUUUAAGUCGUACAUCACUAACGUCCACCUUCACAUGACAUGAAGCCGGAGAAAGUUUUAUGCUUUUUUCUUUCGAGAACGAACUGCCCAGCACAUGUUCAGCAGGAUUUCUGACCUGACAUUCCUGCGUCCACGAGGUCGUAGGGAAUCUGUAAAGGUCGAUAGUGGUGCAUGUUAGUUUACGCUCUAUGAAAUCAGCCAUGUCAGAACAAGCAAACAAACAGGGUCAGAAACUUCAAAUUAUAUAUUUAUAAGUUUCUGUUGACAGUAAAAGUGCGAAAUAACGGAGUCCCCGAUAAAAAUCCAUUUCGACAUCUGCGAAAUCUGUUAAGAACUACACAAAUAUUUUUGCCCACAAGAUUCUAAGAGUAUAAAAAUUGACCCAAAAGUUUACAAUCUAGAGGAAACAAUCAAAUUUGGAAAGAAAGUGAAAAAUGACAAUUCAUGCUAAAGAUGUUUCCCGCAGGAUAAGGCAGGGGUAGGUCGACAUAUGCGGCUAUUUCACAAACAAAUGCCAAAGCUGUAAUAGCAAAGUUGUUUUCACAUGUUAUGAUACUCCUUUUGUAUGCAAAGAGCAUUGCACGAUUUCACUUUUAGAUAAGGAAGAAUGAUUAUGAUAUGGUUCGCGUGCUCAGUUUUCAAAAUCACGUCGCUAUAUAAAGAAUUUUACUUUGAAGAUCUGGGUUAACAUAAAGACACCACCGUCGCACACUAGAGCAUAUUAAUAUUUUUGCGUUUGUCAUUAGUAUAGAAGACUGUUCUUUAUACAGAAACGUCUCAUAUAAAUCCCCUUUUUAUUUUAUAGUAAAAACGCUUAUUGAGCAAACAAACGCACGUAUACUUACCUAGCUUGCAGGGCUGAAUUAAAAAUACUAGAAUGCAGUAUCUAUUCAAGAGACGUUUUGCCAUUCCACUGAGCAUCAAACGUAUUAAAAAACGAACUGGAGUCAUAACAUGGCUGGCGGAUCUUCAAUACGCAGUAAUUUAUAGAUGCUUUAAUGACACGCAUGUGCACUAGUUUCUGGAAAGGUCUUAGUUUUCAAGGCAUUAAUUUUAUGGACAAAGUAAUCUAAACAAAACUUUGCGCAAUGUAAUGAAGAAAAUAAUAACGAAUAAAUGAUUCAUCAUCGUAUGCGACUGCCAUGCCGAAUUUGUGGACUUUAAACGCAAACCUCGAUCAUCAUAAGAAGAUUCAUUGAUUAUCGUGCUCUGUGUAUUCUAGGUGCCAUAUCUAUAAAAAUAAUAUUUUUGGAAAGUUACAAACGUUAACGAAUAAAAUUGACCAUUCGAAUUUCCCCCGUUAUUUACCAGGCUAUCUUAUUUUGCGGCAAAACCGUCAAUAAAUGGAAAAGGAAAUUUUACAGCAAGUCAUAAGAAUAGAAAACCAUAAGCGUUUGAUAUUUCGGCCUACGAAUGGAGUACAGUGCCUGCAGCACGCUAAAAGUCAUGAAGGUGCGAAUGAGCAUUGCACCAACCUUAAAAAUGACGCGGAGUUGGUAGUUGUUAAUGUCUGAAAUGGAAAAAAGCUGAAAUUUGAUAAUAGCUGGAAAAUAAAAGAAAAAAUUUCUUGCCGUGAAAGACUGCGUUGCGAUGAUAAACAACUCACAACUGCAGAUCAAGCGGCGUGCCUUCAGUCACAUCUUACUAGCUUCGUUUCUCGUUUUCGUUUUUUAUAGCAGUUUUUGAAAACAGACCUUCACAAGGGCUAUCUCGCUUUAGAAGCAUUGCUGGAUUUUUAUGAAAGUUUUUGCAACAGUUACAAGGACAACGGGGCGGAUAUCUCCAUAAGCACCUUUGUCGUUCGUUGCACAAAUUUUUCAUUUUUUAAAUACCUGGUCGCACUUAUUUCAAUCUAGAAUCAAAAGUUGCUAAAUUUUAUGCAACGAUAACUUGCAUAUUUAUUGCUUAUUUAUAGCCUGGUUAUGUUUCGACAAAACACGCGCAUUCAUCGAUGAGUUGACGAUGGUGGAGCCGAUUAACUUAGCUUCCUCUAUCGCAUGCAUUUUAAAAUUUUGAUGCAUACCUUAAUCUCCCAGAACCCUGUCCCGUGAAAGUAAACGUCCCUCCACACUUUUGGUAAAAUAUCUCUUCGCUGUGUUUAUAAAAACACCAGUAUAAAGCUACACUGCAUGCGGAGUUACAUUAUAGAGAAAUAAACCGAAAGUCGAUAUCUAAUUAACUUCUCCACUUAAGCAUUAGAUUCAGGUUUAUUCACUUUCUACUAUUUAAAUGCACUUUGUAAACCGGCAUACACGUAGGCGUAUGAACCGCCGGAAGACCGGAAUAUACAUUCGGUAAAGCAAAUUAUUUAAAGAAAGUCAUUCUUUCGACAAAUCAGUUUGGCCUCGGCAUUAAGCGGAAUCUUGACCCAACGGUUUUAAUAGUCACUAGUUUUAUCUAUUAAAUUAUUUUACCGCUUUGAUUGUCUAGGUUUCCAUUUUCAAGUCAGUAUCUUUCACGAGACCGAAUUAUACCCUGUGCUGUAAUGAUUUUUAUGUAAAAGACUACGAGUCGUAACUUAGGCAUUAAGAGAGCACAUUUGUCAGCUUGCAAAUACCAUUGUUCAUCCACUUGGCGCUUUCUAGAGUAGGAAACUCGCCAUCACCAAAUACAGUAUCGAUAUCACAAUUCACAACAAUUAACACGAGCGGCAGACUGAAGCAUCGCGCGUCAAUAGGUCAACUGUUAAUGCAUGGAGAAUGGGUUUGGGUUCUGUGAUAAAAACUACCAUAACUGUCCUGUGGACGAUGGAAGACGGCGGUGGGCAUUAUCAAUCUUGCCGGUGCAAUUAUCAGCAUCAUUUGAACAGACUGAACUGGUUGCUGCUAUACGGCUGUUUUUUAUCGGUGUUCUUCCUACUUUCUUACCCAUUAUGCAAUUCUAGUAUGAAUAUUGCUUUCGUGUACACACUCAGGGUAGCCAGACUAUCAUUUACUUAUUAACAAAAACAAAAGUCCUGCUACCGGAUUUCAUUUACAUUCAGUUACCCUAGUAGUUUACUAGAGGAUUAUUAUGCGUCUAGUAUGCGCGCGGCUGCUGGAAAUCGUAAUGAGUCUCUUAUUUAAACGCCCUGUUUUUAUGUACAAAGAGAGAUCUAUUGAUUCAUAACGUUUCCAAAACUAUAUUCGAUCAUAGGUAAACCAAUCCAGUGUUGGAUACCACAGGAGUUCACGCGUGGCUGGGAGGAGUAUGCUGAAAACUACUGCUGGGUCGCUAGCACCUACUUUUCACCCCUCGAUAAGCGACUUCCUUCGACCGGCGAUCGCAGUGCCAAUCUCAUCGUUUACUAUCAGUGGGCUCCCAUCUUGAUGGCCAUUCAAGCACUCCUGUUCUACUUGCCCUGUCUUAUCUGGCGAUUAUUCUACUGCCACUCUGGUUUUAACGUGCGGCGAAUCAUGCAGAUGGCAAACGACUCAAACAUUCUAUUGCCGGAACAUGGAUUUAAAAAUGUUCGUUUUAUCGCUCGUUACAUGGAGAGUUGCAUUUACCGACAACGUGACUACAAGAACCGAGACUAUGGUCGACGGGACAACAAUGCACGAUCUUCAAUGGCGCCUGCAAAUUUCCCUUAUCAAACCUCCUACCGGAUGGGCUUACAGCAAUUUCCCGUCUCCGGUGCUGGCCCAGAGACGCAAUUCCUUGCGACGAGUGAACGUCCAGAGCACGGUCUACCUCCACCCCAAUACUCCAAGUCGGUGACUGAGAGUGCCACGUCAGAGACUCGUGGCACUGUCUCCAGACCGAUGCACCACAGGGGAGUUGUGCGAAGUAACGGGGAAGCGACGGGAUCUCUCAGUCUCUCCAGGCGUCACAAAUCGCGAAAUUCUCUAUGUGAGAGGCUGAAAUUUGGUUUCCGCAAGGGUUCCCGUUCGGCCCUGUUAGGAAGACGGAGCAGAAAGUCGCCUUUAAACCCUAUCACAGACAGCCCCGCUAUACCGGGCGUGCUCUCCGUGUCUUGUGAUCUCGGAGAGCCCGUCGGUGGUCUUGGCAAAACAUCAGCCCAUAAAGGCUGUUUUAAUCAAUCUCAGUCAAAACCAUGGUGCUGUGGCAAGCGAAGUGGAAACUUUCUGGUCGUCCUUUAUUUCUUUGUCAAGGUUCUUUAUCUGAUCAACAUCGUUGGGCAGCUUGUGCUCAUGGAAAAGUUCAUUGCACCAAAUUAUGCCUUCUACGGCAUUCGAGUGCUGUUGGAUCUGAUUCAAGGUACACAAUGGUACACGUCAGGAAAUUUCCCACGAGUGACAUUUUGUGACUUUGAAGCCAAGAAGCUGGGAAAGAACCAAAGGCAAGUACUCAUGCAAGUUUUCUUACUAGCUAUGGCAGUAUUAAAACUAUUUGCCUGACUUCAUAAAGAGAACGGUCUAUUACUACCAUUGAUAAGAUUUUUGAUGUUAGGCAUUGCUGAAGAUUAGAAAAUCCGAAGAAAGCAAAAGAUAGAUUAAUUUUUACGACACUUUUAGGCAAACUAAGAAAGUCCUUUAGCACGAAAACAUUGCAGACGAGAUCUUUCUUCUGUCUCUUCGUCCGAUUAAAUGGUCUAUUUAAGUGUCCGUAAAGUUGUAAGAAAAUGACGUUAAAGGGAGAGUGAAAAUAGGUUGUGGCUGGCACAAAUAAUACUGACAAGUUAGAAGUAGUGUCGACUAACUUUGGAAGAACGGAACAACCAUUUGUGGCCUAUUUCUCAUCAUUAGACAACCCCACCAACACUUGAGGCGCUGAGGGACCAAAGGCUGUAAGCCCAUUUCAGUGGGAAAUUUCGAAGUUUAAGUCUAAAACUCAUGAAGCCUGAGCUACUGGGCUUGUCAUCAUACGCGAUUCGACCGCAAUGCGAAUACUUGAUACAGGGUUCCAAGUUAAUAAACUCCAAGCAAUCCCAAAUGUAGCCGACGGAAGAUGAGCCCCAUGCCUCAUUUGCUAAAAUCCCUGAACCCGAUGUGACAUACUGAAACCAUAUUUAAAGCACCGGUGCGGUGGCAGAUUUAGUUAAAGUGGUGUUAUCUCAUAGCGGAGUAUAAGCCUGAAAAGGUGAUUACAGUGAUUACAUUCCCAGUUUACUGAGUACCGUUUGUAAAGAAAUCAUCUCAGUGGGCUUGAGAAUUUAAAGUACAAAGCCUAAUGUCACAACCCCUUAUUAGCUCGGCAAUCAUGCUAGAGCGUGGAGCGCUGGCCUUUCGACUGUGGUAGUUUGCAACUUGGUACAAUAAAGGUGCGUCCAGAAGGAACAAUAUUUUUUGAUACCCAAUGUGUCAGUUCUGCCUGGGCGCUGCGUGCUGGGAGCUUAUCAGUGCGAAACUAGCACUCCCAGGCCUAUUUCCACUGUUGCAAUGCUUUUUGUCUUUUUAUUUUUGCCUAACUUUCCUUCAACUAAACAUAAGGCAGAAGAAACGCGGGAGGUGGAUGGCGAGAACUACUUCAGUUGGUAUGUUUUCCGUAAAACCAAAAGCGAGUUCACAUAGAAGCAAAAGCAUAUCCUAAGCUGCAAUGAGACGAGUUAAGAUCAUGAUACAGAGAUAAGUCAAAGUGACACACCUAGCAUAAGUAAAAUACUAGUCUGGACAUCGAGUUACGAAUGAGCUAUGAAAGUUAUUUUGUGGCUAUUAUGCGAGCUGUCCUUACGCUGUUAGUUCAACUUGAGUUUUGACUGUACACAUUUUUGAUACACUUGACGAAGUUUUAGGAGUUUAUUUCAAAUUGUUAUGCUAGUAUAAAAAGAUUUCAGUGUAAAGGUGUAAAUUGGUGAACGUAAUGACCAUGAAAGAACCUCGAAACAGGCCGUAAGGGUUUGGUCGUGCUCAAAGCUCAAAAUCACAUACUAGUGUCUCCUGCACAGACCGAGUUUAAAGACAGACGUAGGAACAAACGAUAAUUCAAAGUAAAAUAGAGUCUUAACAUUGAUACCUAAUUUGCUGACCACGGAGUAUGGUGACUGACAACUGCGGAAUCUCACUUUAAACAUUUUCGUACGUUUUCUCAGUUCAUCUUUGCAAGAUUAAUGUAGGUUAAGAUCGACAUUCGCUGUAUUUUCUAUGAUUGUGAUCCGUAAGAGUAUUUGUGAUAUAAAUAUGCAAAGCCUAAAUAAGUAGAGCAAAAAUGUCAAUGGAUGGGUUUGCGGCAAUUCAAGCACACUCCAAAUGCAUGACAACUUGUAUUUAAAGUGAGAGGCAACUUAUGACAUAUGAAAAUAAAACUCCGAGAAUCGCAACAAAGGGCGGUUCUGUGUGUUAUUGAGAAAGCAGCAAGGUUUUUACAAUGUCGGCAAUUAUUUUUCAUCUGUAAGUAAAUUAUAAGACCAUUCACGCGGAUAGGGUUAGUGUGUUAAAUUCGCUUUCUGGAGGUUGAGGCGUAGGUAGACUGCGGUUAGUAAAUCAUUCUGCCUACCAGUGCGACAGGCAAAGCAAAGUUUCAGCCAUUCUCUUCCACAGUAAAACAACAUAUAGGACCUCUUAAAAAGGACGGAUAGUAUGUUGCUCGCACGAAUUAGUAUUGGUGUGUUAGGAGGGCUAAUAGAUUGUGCUAAUGGAUUUAUACAGUACUUACCGAGGUCAAUAUGACGGUUGACGUUGUUGACACCGAGAUGUCAAGCCCAGAAAAACCUGCCUGUCUGAUGCACACUCCGCCAUUGCAUCCUAACUCAACUGACAGCUAUAUUUUUUUGCCAAAAAUUGCCUUCUUAUUUAGUACAAAAUCACUUGGCUAUUAAACAACGGACUCAGUAAUCGACAAAUUGGAUAAAUAAUAUUCCGUCCAAAAAUGGGGCAUAUAUUACUAGCUUCCAUCUGAAAACAACAGUAAAGUCGAAAAAAUAUUGUAAUAGCAGGCCCAGACAACGCCAAAAAUCUCUUUGAUAUAUCCACUUUUCGAUAACUUCACACGAUCACGCCACGGUCGUCUUAAAGAGAAGCACGGUUAAAUACCGCCAUCAAAUAUUAAACAGUGAUGUCUCACUAAAACGUUUUACUCACAAAUUGAAAUUAAUAACAGCUCACGGCCUCGAAACUCUUGUUUCAGGUGUAAACUCAAGCGCUUACACUGUCCUUGUCUACCUUCUAAAAAGAAGUAAUUCAAAAUAAAAUUUAAACAUGACCUUGAAUAGAAUAGCAACAAAUGCUUGUCUAGCAGUGAAUAGAACGAUGGCUCUCAUCCAUUUAUGUCUAAUGGGUACACACCGGGCCUCGUCAAAAUGUACUACCACGGGUCUGGAGCGCCAUCGAAAACAACCAGGACACAAAGUUGCCCACAUAUUCGGCGCCCUCUGCUCUCCUGUGCACGUCGGUUACAACGUUUGAUACUUGGCGACCCGUCUUCUUCAACAUAAACGGCUGCCCGGCCGCAUGAUCCCCUACCGCUCGUUCCUGUGUUCUUACUGAAAAAUGACCAUUGUUUUAACUGGGAGACAAUCGAGGUUAUUAUGACUCCUGUCAGACGUUUUGGUUUCUCUUGACUCGGCCCUUCAUCGUCGAUAUUUCUAAGCAGCUUAUUGAACGAAGGGUGAAUUAUUCAGUCCUAUAAAUGAGUCACACUGGAUGUUUCCAUUUGCGAAGCAUCGAGACAUGACAAUCGUAUAUCAUUCACGAUUCCAAUUCUGGCAGCACUUGUUCGUAUUGUGCACGUAUUGACAGUAUCUUGAAACACGAGAUAGAUACAGAUAUAAAUACUCAUCCUCUACCACAGGCACCCUAGAGAUAAACUCCAGCUGGGUAUUCGUGCUCGUGUCCUAAUUAUAACACAAGUCCAAAAUCUAACUCAAAUGCUUGUCCUUAUAACCCCAACAUUAACCUUUCUAGCUCUUGCGCUGACAUUGGUCCAUAUUCAUAUCCCCGUGAUUUGGCACGUUAUAAGCUAUUUUAUGGGAAUGCUUUUAAUUGUACUUUUGGAAAAAAGGGAAAGCGCAAAUGAAGAACAAAUUCCUAGCUUUACUAUGAAGUUACCGGUUUCAAAAUACUUCUGCGUUCCCAAUUGGACCUCAAAGUAAAAUUGACGACACGAUUCCGUUAUCAAAAAAAUAACAAGAGUUUUAACUUUAGUUUCAAAUCACCUGCUCUAGAAUGGUUGGGAUUCUUUGACUGAAAAUAAUAUGGCAACAAUGCGAGUGAAAAAAAGUAGAUAAUACUUAUAUUCUUUAUUCCUUAAAACUUCAACCUUCUGUAGAAGUUGUUGUUUUUUAACGCUCCGCACUGAAGCAAAACUUUAGUCAGUUCAUUAGAACCAAAAAAACAAAUUAUGGCAUGCAUUUAGACGAGUUUUUCUGGAAAAUACGAAAACGUUUUUGCAAUUUUGCUGCGAGGGGGCGUUCUAACUGAUUUAGUAAAUUGCUAUAUACCGUUUCUGCUCUUUUGUCUCUGAUGAUGGAUUCGAGUAGGAAUCCGAAACAUCAGGAUAAUAAAGCUCUUGUCCCGCGAUCGUGUCUCCUUCUUCAAAAAUUGCUAUACUAUUUUAUGACUGUACAUUUGAGUAUGAAUGCAGUGUUUUGGUAAAAGAGCAUAGCGUAACAUUCUAUACUAAUCCUUAGAGGAAAAAAGACUUUGGACCUUUAAAUCAUGUUCUUUAAUAAAACUUUAGAAAGGCUGGUACUAAUUUGCUUAUAGGAUUAAAAGAUGACUCCUGAGAAAUAGUCAGGUGGGAGAUGGGGUCAUAAGAAUAAGAAACUAGUUUGCCUUCCGCUUCGGAUGCAGACUUGGACCUACCAUCAGAGACAGCCGCAUAGAAGGGCGAGGCAGUAAUUACAGAACGUCAUCGUCACGCAUCUGUAUGUCAGUCACAAAUAUCAACUGUUCGGCGACCCAAAAACUGAUACGGGGCAGUGACAGCUUGUUUAUUCGCACAAAAGUCAUUAAAAAGCGUACUUUCAUCACCUUUGAUGAUUGUUGACACGGUGACUACUUAAUAAUAUUACUCACCGACACAGUUGCUGGAAACGGUGUUUAGUUGCAAACUUGCAGUUUGGUCAAUUAUUCCGAUUGAGCAAAAUUUCAACAUCAGAUAUGGAGGUGAGGUGUCACUGCGGCUGUUAGUCGAACGUCGGCAGGCUUGUCCCGGUUUUUAUGCCACGUAAUGACAGAGUACCUUAUAGGAGACUGGAAGAUCAGGACGUCCGUUGAUUGAGCUGGCAUUUGACUACCAGGCCUCAAGCUAGUCGUCUUGUCUUUGAGUCAUCGUGGCUUACGGUAGGUGCUACAGGAGGUUUAACGACUUGGGCGGUUUCUGCAGUGUGCGCUACAGUCUGAGAGUUUAGAUCCAGCCUUUGCUGGUAACAUUUUUGCGAAUCCUCACCGCGAGGGAUAUAAGGCCGUCGCCCUCUCGAUUUCACCUUGACAAGGUCUGCAAAGUAUUGUCAAUCCAAAAAUAAAUAACACACUACAUAGUCAAAUCAGAGCAGAAAGUGCCUGUCACUUUAUGCAUUCAUUCCCUGAUUUGAAGACAAAUAACAGAAUUCAGAAAAAUGUUCAACCCGAUUCAACUAAUGCACACUAAUCUCUGUUAUAACUCCCACAAAAUUAAUUGCAUGAAGUUCUUGCUUCAGCCUUUUAUAAGUUCAAAAACGGGCAAUUACUGAACGAAAGCAUUAAUUAUAGGGUUGUACAAUGGUGUCUCGUAUCAUAAUUUGAACAGGCCAGAGGCAGUAAAACAUGGAGCAAGUAAUGUCAGCGGAAUUUUUAAGACCUCCCGUCCAUCCGCGGAGGAUAUUCUAUAAUUUCCAAGCUUGCAGUAUGAUUAAAAGCCUUCAAACACAAACGGGCCGGUUAGGCGUAUAAAGGACAGGGGACUUGGGUCAUACGUGCGGUAGGCUUGGUAAGAGGGGGUUUGGUAUUUUUGGCUCAGCUUCGACUAUUGCUAAAGGUUUCCAAUGUGAUUGGGGCUACACAGAGUGCAGCAGUAGUCAACGACGUGGGCUAGGGAUAAGAGGAUAGGAGAGGGUUAAUUCCUCUCUCUAACUUGCGGUAUCAAUAAUGGUUGGACUGUGCACGAUACCCUUAAUCGUUUCUUGGCGUUAAAACAAAAACAAUGCUGUUGGGUGCUGUGUCUGGCCACUAUCCACUGUUGACUUCAGCAUGACGUCGAUACCUGAUUUUCGGCUCACAGUGGUCAUGUGAGUAUAUGCUCAGUCAACCAAAUCAGCAAAUUCUUUUGCCCAUUUACAAUCUCAAAUACACGCAAACUCAUAAGCACGGUUUGAUGUGGUAAACAUAAGAAUAUUUGAAUAGGUCUGAGUAAAACAUUUAUAAUGGGGUCUAAAUCAAAAAGUAGCAUGUGGUUUAUGUCUGCUCAAUCGUAAACCAGAAACCAUCACUCGAUGGGUUCGGACAUGUCAUCACGCCUUGGGACAUAGUGCUCACAUUUCUGGGUUCCCGGAUGAAGAGGCCUGUUCCAAUAAAAACUCGCACACCCACGACACUCCUACCUCAAACCAGUGCUAUGAGCAGUCCGACCAGAUCCCUCUGCCAUUUAUAUGCCCAUUUCACCCGUCUGAUCUAAACUGUUUUUUUUUCAUCAUAUUAAUAGUUUGAUAAACAUGCACUGAUUGUUCACACUUCGCUAAAUUUUGUGUAGCAUUUAAUUUUGUAUGUCUUGUCAUCCUUGCCUUUUUCAAAAACUUUAUUGUACCAUUUGUGACAACAGUAAAAUAAGUGCAUUCCUCUUAUGCUUACUAUGAAAGCAUUUGAAAUCUUGUAUUAGACUUAAAGGUUAUUUUUGAAAGGGCAAACUAAAUACGUUCACUUAUUUUUAGUGGCACAAAGCAUUUGUUCCCAUUGUUGAUCGUCAAGUUUUCAGAUCGACUUUCCAGCGAAUAUUUUUACGAAUGAUUAUUGCCAGCUUCAAUUAGUCACACACUGUCAUGCUUGCAAUGCGUCUGUGUAAAUUCUUCAUUUUAAGGUGCGUGACAGCAACUUCUUUAAAUCUAAUCUACGCUGUUCAAACUUCAUUUAGUUACAUCAUUUUUGUUUCUAGUCCCCACACUUUAUAUAGCUGCUAAUUCCAGUUUUAAAAUAUGACCUUAAGCGAAAUAUGUGUUCUCAUAUUUUGCGGCCAUUUGCUUAAACUGAACAGCUCUUGAAUUCGUACGAUUACACUGAAGCCUAGAGUGAUCUGCUUAUUGUGCUUUAAGUUUAGACCAACCCCCCGUUGCAUUAUUACAAAAUUUGAAAAGCCUCUGCGUGUUUUACAGGCUUAUCCUGAGUGUAUAUGGACUAAGCUAAGAGAUCUGUUCAGUUUUAAGCCACUUGUAGACGGCAAGAGAACUGGUGCGGAUGGGCAGCACACCACAUUCUACUGUCCUGUUUAUGUUUAGUCAAUCCUCUCUUAAGCAUUCAUCGAGAGACCGAGAGAACACUGGAGGACUGGGACAUGACAGGCAUGCGGCGCAGUCGCCAUCGCCCACUCGCGCACUACCAGCAAAGCCGAACGUACGCAGCGAAAGCGUUCUGCCCAGAACUUUUGUACGUUGUUAAGGCAAAAUUAGCGCAGCAGUCUGCUCGAGUUAGGGGCAAGUAUGGAAAAGUAAGGAGUGCACAGAAGGGUGCUGAGCAUGAGUAUUGCUCAUUAAAAAUAAAUGUGAGCUAGAGUUUUUUGCCCAUGACCGUUCUACUCGGUCUUUACUUUCUAAAUUGUUUCAGUAAUUCGUUAUUCAGCGAGUGGAAGAUAUUUAGAUGACGUCCACACAUUUCUAAACGAGAAAUACUAAUUUGCGCAACAGAUAACGUCCGAUUUAUAGUCCCAUUUUGAUAGCAAAUUAUUGAAUUGUGUGUUAAAGGGAAUUUAACCAAAACGUUUCGUCGCACAGAAAGCACAACGCGUAACAGGGUCAUUUUAAUGAAUGUAGUAUACUUUAUUUCUGCAGAUACGUCGUUCUUGAAUACUUUGGUUGUCAUACAUGUUAUAUUCUGCUACAUCUUAGAACUUUGAAAAAAGUCGCCUUGAGCACCCAUUAAACGCAUAUCAAAAUUGCGUUAGGCCAGCGACUGAGUCCACGAGGCGUCAUAUACUUCACGCGGGUCCAGAACGUCUUCAUUCUCUGUUCAGAUUGCAGUGAACCAUUAGUUUCAGAUUGCGAUGUGCGAGUAUACAAGUUUUGUUUAACUUUUGGCGUCAUGCCAGAUCUCAAUUGCUCGUGUAUUAUUUUAUUUAUUUUUCUAAAUCCCAGGUUAUGAACCCACAUGUUAUCUUUACAGUCAUCCCACAUUCCAUCACCUUAAAGGGAUUUACUAACAUCUACGCCCAAACUCAUGUCUUACAUUCACACCUACACCCCGCAAUAUUAAAUUACUCGCAGAUAAUACCUCACUCGUCAGUAUUACUUCCACCGCCUAACUUCCACCUAAAAAACACUAAAACAGACCUGUUUACUCGAACAAACACCUCUGCAUUUGCUUUAUUUUAUUGCGUCCUCAAAGGAAGUUCUUUUAAUGGGAACUUGGUGAGCUAGAUCACAUUGUACACAAAAUUCCAUCGGACAACAGUUUCAAUUUUAAGGUUUUGUCAACAGCAUAAGGAAAGCGUUUGACAAAUAAUAAGAUCGGUGCCCUUUUUAUUUCUUUGAAAAUUAAUACGCGAACUUGUCUCUAACUCUUUGGAAAAAAAGCUUUCUAAUUCUUUCUGACGGUACCUACGAACAUUACUUUGCCGGAUACCCGAAAACGUUAUUUAUCUGCCUAAUUAUUUGUGGUAGAAAGGCACGCUUGACCUAUGGAGAAUGAGAAGCGACGCAAUGUUUCUAUAAAAUAAGUACCGAUAUGAUCGUCUCUGAAGAUACUGCGGGACUUUUUGUACAGGCGGCAUGCCGCAUGGCUUUAACAUGCUUAUGCUAAGACCUGAAAAUUAACGAUAGAUACUAUUGGGUCGUGUCAGAUAUUUUAACCAGACUACAACUUUAUAUGUAAUCGGUAUCUGCCAUGCUAAUUGUCUUCAAAUAAUUCAUCCUAAUAAGAUAUUACCACGGAAUAUUAGAGCUCCUCGACUGUUUAAAGCUGACCGACAAACUUCUAUCUCAUUAAUCAGAGAGCUUAUUUUGUCAGGUCUUGUUUCUGACUAGAUGCUUGAAAUAGGUCCCAUCCGUAAUUAUAUUUUCCCUCUGUGCUUCUCUAAGCUAUCUAAAUCACCGUCAUCGAGAUCCUGGUAAUUUCACAGUGUAUGCACUCUCUGAACGUGGGUAAUUAUUGAAAAACAAUGUGAUGUAGUCUUCCACUUGAGAAACGAUGUGGCAUGGCAACUUCCUCCAAAACCAACUUAGCUUAAGCAGCUACGUGCAUCAGUCAAGCAAGAUCGAUGGAAAUCCAAGUUGCCGCGCGCGGCGUAAAAUUAAUAUAAAUUAUGCGCGCAUGCCUUUACGGACGCGCGUAAUUUUGGAUAUGCUAGCUUUUCCCAAACGGUGAACCAAAGGCGGUCGACGGCAAGUUGCAUGUCUCGCUUGAUUAGGCCCUGCUGUAACUCCUCUUGCAUGCCCCAAAUCUACUUUUGAUUUGACCAAGCUAAUCAAAUGGAAAAUUUACAAUGUCUAACUACAAAAAGCAUUAAUUCAAAAGAAAUUUUUAACUAAAGCUAUGCACAAAACCAACAGUACAAAACAACGACCGUUGGAAGAGAGUGAUUCAUGAAGAAUAAAUUUAAAUGCGAACUUUUCACUGUGAAUAACAUGCAAUCUCUAUCUAGUCUGUCACCUAAGCAAGUAAAUGCCACACGACAUGACUUUUCUUAAUUCGCAUUGUUUCCUAACGCCGAGAGGUAAAUAUUUGAACCAACUAACCUGCCUGUGCACACUUGUUUGGUUAACAUUAGCCAUCGCCGUAACCAAAUCGGUUAGUGACCUACUGGCUAACAUUACCUUUACGAUGUAAAAAAUAUUAUCCCGGUGCGCUAUGACGACUAAAUUUUUUUAUUCGUUAAAAACUACCUUCUUAGGUUUGACACAUAAUGCGCACAUAUUUAAGACCCAAACCAUAACUCAACUUUGGAAAUCGAACAGGAGAAUGUGAAACUGAUUAAUUGCUGUGCAGUAUCUGUCCAGAAAUUUCUGGCUUCUUUGCCGGCUCGAACAUUUCAGUGAUUAUCUAUUCAUCAUUUAUUUGGGUGUUAUGCUAGUAUUUGUUACGUGUUCUUAUUUGUAUGUAAGGCACACAAAUUAAACAAUGGUCGUUUAAGUGCCCACUUAUAAAGCAUACGCUUAAAUACAUGUAGUCAUGCAAUGCUCAACAUCGUAUAUUUUCACCAUAAUAGGCGGGAACCUAUCUUCCAAAAAAAUCAAUUAAGCAUUUUUGCACAGGUUUCCUGAAAAACAUGCAGAAUAAUUUUAGAACAUUUUGCUUUGAAGUGAGUAUCAGCAGGUGACCUGGAAGGGUACCUGCCGAUAGCCGCACGAUAGACUGCGGAAAGAAACUUCGGUUUAUGUUUUUUACUGGUCAAUAUUACGACCUUAACGUGGAUUUCUGGUUCUUGAAAUACAGGUCAAAUAUUUCCAGCCAUGCAACACGUGGUUUGACGUAUACUUUAUUUAUUACAACCAGUUCAACUGGCACAGUAGAUAAAAAUACCGUUACACAGAAACGACAUUUUAAUGGUUUGUUUGCAGAAGGACAUAUUAUCAGUUUAUUUCCAGAAUUAAUCAUUCCAACAUUCAAAAAAGUGAUUGAAAUUUCGUUUACCCAUUAGAAAAUUUCUCCGGAAAUAUUAUUUAUUAGGAAUCAACUUUACAUCCAAAAUAAUAAUAAACAUCAAAGGAAACAGGAAUUUUUAGAUACGUAUGUAAAUAACACUUAGCCUUUCAGGAAAAACGCAUGUGCAUCUCUUAAAAUGCUUUCUACAUCUGACUUUGGAUUUGCAAAACGCAUCACGGAAGACUCUGGUCUCAGGAUCAAUCUUUAAAAUGUGUAGUUCCUUGAAGUAGAUAACCUUGACAUAUACUAAAUAGCAGCGUUUAAGCAGAGUCGACAUUCACUUUGUUCCUGGUGUUGAAAACCAUAUGACGUCGGUGAGAUUAAAACUGACAACAGCAAGGGGUAGACUUGAAUACAGCCAACAGUGAGCCACCUGAGCUAGGAGGCCCCACCGGGAACCAUGAAUUCAGUUACCAGCUCAGCCUAUUCUAAGGCAUGGAAUCCACCGAAUUUAACUGCCAAGUCGGAUUUUCAAAGUAAUGAAUCUAGAACUUACUAGGUUUCUAUCAGACUCAUUUAAUGAAUGCGCGUUUUAGCAGAUUCGGAAUAAGCCAUUAUGACUCAGCGUUGCAGUCGACUGCGAGGGUAACUUGACGCAACUGAAUUAAGUUUCACUUGUUUAAAUCAAAUGGAGUUUUUCAAAAUCUCCUGAAAAACUUAUUAAUAGAAUCGAGAUUAUCGAACAUGAUGGAUUUAUAAAGAAAAACAACUUUUGAAGCCAAUUACUUCUGCACACUAAACAGUAAAACAGGUUUUCUAAAACUAAACAGGAAAUAAAAUAGUAUAAAACUGAUAUUGUGUCGAAAACAUUUGGUAGUUGGACACAAUUAAAAUACCCGAAGGUUUUUACGAACGAUAAAUAGAUAGAUGUUGUGAUGUCGACGGCCACAUGUCUGCGUAGAUAUAGAGAGAAGAUAAAAUAAAUAAAAUAAAGGAACUUUUUCUGAAAAGUUUUCAGAAUAUUAAAGUUCCAGUGAUAAAGGGGGGCCAACUUGAAUUAUAAUGGUCUUCUGGAUAGCUGCUGUUUGCUUACUUGUGUGCACAUGACGCUCUUACAGGUAAGCACAAUGACAUGUCCAUACCUCGACGACACUAUGCACACAUGGUCAGGUACGCAGAGGUCUUUUGUGAAACUAUGAAAUUACUGAAGUGUAAUUCAAACCCUGUAUUUGCCUUUAUCUGAUCUUAGAUUCCUUUGAAAGGAACUUAUAUCUGGUUUGAGAAUGCAUUGAUAUGGUGCAAAAACCAUCUAACAUAAGGUCUCUUAAAUUUUCAAGUUGGAGUUCCCAUUUAACAGUGGGACCAAAAGUAAAUAAUAGUUUCCAUUGAUUAAAAACUGAAAAGACCCUUAAAACCGUACUAACGUCAUUAAAGUCCAACAAUUUCUCGAAACUUUAUAAACAAAUACAUGCUUUACACAUGUGUAAGUUACCUUGUUGCGUGGCUUGCAGACUGUUUUCAACGACGUCCCCUUAUCCAUUAAUGAUACAAUCCAAAUUAUUAGGGACAAGCUUUGAACGUCUGACCUCAAAAAUGGGGUCAACCAUUUUUGUGACGCGUUGUCAAAGAGCAUUACAGUUCUUGAUUAAAUGCUUCUACGGAACUUUUAUCGGCCGUGAAUUUUCAAUUCCGUUUUCCACGUAUUAACCUCAACGUUUGUAUUGCCUUGAUGUGUAAUUACAAAGGAAAGCCCUGAAGCUUGGGUGUCGCUCUCCUUUUUGGGCGGAAAGUGCAGUUGCUUUUAAAUCAAUCUUCUUUGGUUGAAUUCAUUGCGACUCAAAUCGUCUCAGAAUAGCAACUGGUCGUGUGUCUAGUUUUCAUUUUCCAUGCUCAGAGCACUUGUUAUCUGCUAGAUUUAUUGUAGAAUCCGCCCAGCUCUUCCCUUGUUAGUAUUAAAAAAACACGCAUGGAGAUUUACUCUUUUAAAUUUCCAUUGUAGAUACACAAUCCAAUGUGUUCUGCCGCUGAACAUGUUCCUCGAAAAGAUUUUCGUCUUCCUCUGGUUUUGGCACUGCAUAAUUGGCAUAAUCACCUUGUUCAGUUUCUCCAGCUGGUUCUUGCGGAUGGGGUUCGCACGCUAUCGGCUUAAGUUCAUCCGAAGGUUCCUCAAAAUCAUGGCAGUACUAAAGGACACCGACAAAAAUGCUUCACACAAAUUUGUUGAGAACUUUCUUCGUCCGGACGGUGUCUUCCUUAUCCGUCUGAUCUCCAUGAACGUCGGCGACAUUAUAGCUGGCGACCUUGCGUGUGAACUCUGGCAUAUAUAUCGACAUAAGCGAAUGCAGAACGCUGAGGAACUGAAAUACAUUGAGCCUAUACCACAUUUGCCCAAUUUUCUUGGUCAGCACACAUUAGGACGGCCAGCUAAUCUGCCGCAGGACGAGUUCAGCGUAAUAUCUGCGCCACCGCGGGAGAAGAUCCUUUUGGCUAUGAGCAACGGAAACGACGACAGUAUAGUAUGA